AUGUCGAAACGCAAGUCUACCCACGAGACAACGAGGCUCUCGCCUUCGAGCCCGCCCCGGACAACCACCAGCCUGAGCACGAGGCCCACGACACCCACCAGUCCCGUUCAAAUCCCUGCUUCGAAGACCAAGGGUUUAUCUUCCCGGAAUCACCGUCAUCAUGGUCAGAGAAAGGCGACACGUCCGCGGGACGUCCACGAUCCUGACUCUAUUCCCGCCGCCAUGGCCGCUCUGCUGGCUGUCACCGAUAUCCCUCGUCCUCGGCAGCGGAGGUCAAGGCGAAUCUCGAAGGACCAGUCUCUGACACUCGAGGCCAUUAUCGAACGUCAGCAGGUCUCCGAGAAGGAGCUCAGUCUGACUCUUGACCGGAGCCCCAUGGAUCUCCUCUUGUCUCCUCCUGAGGACAUGUGCGACGACGAAAGCAUGUCGAUUCUCAGUGGCAGCGGCGUGGGCUCUGCCUUCUCGACCAGGACAAUCUCGAUGGACUCGAUCCCUUCUCUAGGCGACUCUUUUGCGACUGACGGAGUGUCGUCCAUUGAGACCCCCUUUCACUCCACAAUGCGCGUGCGCAGGAAACGUUCGCAGCAACCCAGGCGAUCUCUCGAGCCUGUUUCCUCGCCGUGUGGCAUGUGCGAGGAUCACCCUCUAUCCAUGUCCGACGAGGACUCGUCAGAUUCCCUAGACUACGACGAGCUUGCAGAGCCACAGGAUAGUGAGGACUGCCGGUCUGAGCUGUCCUUUUCGGACUUUGCCUUUCCUCUACGCCCCCUCAAGUCGGCUUUCAAGUCCAACCUCACUGCAUCCCUUCGUGCCUUGAAAUCGGCGGCCAGGUCUAUCUCGGCCCUCAACCUAUCGUCCAUUCCUCCGGAUGACUUCCUCACUCGCUCGAUUCUGACCAUCGAUCCUAAGGUUCCUUAUACCGAUGAGCGCCGCCCUCCAGUCCUGGAGGAGGAGCCGUCGGCUGCUCUCCGUCGCUAUCUCAACCCCACGACGAGCGCCCGGCUCGAAACGCAUCCCGCCGCUCUCUCGCCUACGAGGACCUAUACUGCAUCCAUCCAGAUGCAAACGUACAAGGUACAGCGAUCUCGUAGCGCGUCACUCUCGUCGACUCGCAUCGUCUACCCCAUUACUUCGCCCUCUCCGUCACAGGCAGCCCCGUACCAACCCCCGGCGCAAUCGCCCCAGCAGACGGCAUUUUCCUAUCCCCCCGGGGGUAUGCGACAGCGCGAGACACGUGAGAACUCCAAUUUCAUCCGCAUUGCUGUCAUGGAAAUGGCGAUGCGCAAGGCCGGCAAACUCGAUGAUCAACGGCCAGGCCGAGCGCGUUGGACAUUGCCCCCUCGCAAGGCGGUUGCGCGAGCCUACGCAUAUACAGUGCCGCGCACCGAUUUCGCCGAGUUGCUAGGCUUGGCCACGAAACUCGCAUUCGAAAGCAGGAAGCGAGCGCGGUUCGGUCACCGAAGGCAGCAGAUUGAGGGUGCCAGCCAUUGA